AUGUCUUCCGCUACGUUCACACAAACCAGAACAUUUGCUCAAAAUCUCGAGAAGCAAACGGAGCAGCUUCUAAGUCGCCUCUUGAAGAUCCAGACUGCAGGGGUCUCGGUAGAGCCCUCAGAGGAAGAGUCGUCAGUAACCAACUCCAUUGUCGAUAUGCUCGAGAAGAGAGAAGAGGUGGUGGGAAGACUCAAUCGUCUUCUGGAGAGCGAUGCAAACAUCUCAACAUCGAAGCUCCAGCAGUUGCAGAGACACAAGGAAGUGCUUGCUGACCACAAGGGAUCCUUCCACAAGAUCCAGGGCCGAAUCACGGAGGAAAGAAACAGAAAUAACUUGCUCUUCACAAUCAGAUCAGAUAUCUACGCUCACAAGCAAAGAGAGAUUUCUCUGGGCCCAGAUAAUGAGAACAACUACAUCUUGGACGAGAGGGCAAGGGUCGACAAUGCCAACUCUUUCGCAGAUAGACUACUUCAGCAAGCAUAUGAAACUAGAGAUGAGCUUUUCAGUCAGAGGGUGCAGUUACAGAAUGCAGCAAACAGGAUACUGGGUACUUUGCAGAGCGUCCCGGGCAUCAAUGUCUUGAUCUCCAAAAUCAAUACCCGCAGAAAGAGAGAUACUCUUAUCAUGGGUUUUGUUAUAUCAUUGUGCAUUAUUGGACUUUUCUUCCUCGCUUAG